GGGGCCGCGCGGAGCGGAGGCGCGGAGCGGAGCCGCCGGGCGCCGGGAAAUAAAGGGCGGCGGAGCGGGGGAGAGAGAGAGAGAGAGAGAGAGAGAGGGCGAGAGAGCAGCGAGCACAACAACUGCCGCCCGGAGCCACAGCGUGCGGGGAGAUGUCAAACGUUCGCAUUUCCAAUGGGAGCCCUACCCUGGAGCGCAUGGAGGCCAGGCAGUCGGAGUACCCGAAGCCGUCAGCGUGCAGGAACCUCUUCGGGCCGGUCAACCACGAAGAGCUCAACAGGGAGUUGAAGAAACACCUGCAGGAGAUGGAGGAGGCGUACCAGAGGAAGUGGAAUUUCGAUUUCCAGAAUCACAGGCCGCUGGAAGGCAGGUACGAGUGGCAAGCCGUGGAGAAGGGGAGCUCGCCCGACUUCUACUUCAGACCCCCCCGGCUACGGAAAACCGUCUGCAAGUCCGCCGGCCGCCAGAGCUUGGAUGUAAACGGGAAUUGCCAAACCGUGGUUUUUGUCGGUUCUCAGGGAAUCUCAGAGGACACUCACUGUGUAGCUCAAAAGACUGAUGUUUCAGAAAAUCAGACGGACUUAGCAGAGCAGUGCACUGCCCAGAGGAAAAGACCCGCGGCCGAUGAUUCCUCUCCUCAAAAUAAAAGAGCCAACACAACAGAAGAAGAGGUUUCAGAAGACUCCCCCAGUGCCAGUUCAGUGGAGCAAACACCCAAGAAAUCAAGCCCGGGAAGACAUCAAACGUAAAGCGUUUAGAGCGGAGGAUGUGCGCGUCCUCGUUCGUCGCGGCGAUGAAGCGAGGAAGAUGUAAAGAAGUUGUAGUGGGAAA